UGAUAAACUUGUAAAUAUUAUAUGUGAUAUAUCUAAGAUUGCGAGAUGCGCGUUAACGCUUAUAAAUUGUAAAACUACACAUUUCCGCCAGCAGCCGAAAUAUAGGUAUCUAGCCUAACGUACCGGAUGAAAACCCGACAAUAGAGUUAAUUAGAAAAAAUCGAUACCAAAGUUAGUAGCAGUCGUGAUAGAACUGCAGAGAAAUAUAUCUGCCUAUAUCUAUUCAUUAACAAUAAGACUAAAAUGCAUGCUCCUUAUGAUAAAUUGUAUAUUGUUUAUUCUUAUUUCGUGCGGUGUCUCGGGAUAUUAUAAUCAUGUAACCUCUCUUCAGUUUUUUUAUCUAUUGGUUUCGCAGAUUUGGGGAACACCAAAUUCUUUCAUCCUUUUUUUCUUUUUCGCUGUUAGUUUAGGUACCUACCUUAGGUAGACACGCUUGCACCAUCGCCAACUCAAUGUUUGCCCGAGCAGUUACUACCUACAUAUAACAACAAUGCUUUCGAUAUAUAGUAAUGGCAGACAGGCCCGGUUAUAGUUUUCUUCCCUACCUUCAUCACGUACCCGUCCGCCCAAAAUCAUUAUCGUAAUUUAUCACCAUGGAGUCCUACGAGGAACUGCUCUCUUGGGCUAUAGAACGCGGCGUUAAGCUUAAUGCUAUCGAACCAAAGCGUAUCCCUGGCAGGGGUAUCGGCCUUGUUGCAACUCGGGCGAUCAAGCCCGACGAGAUCAUAGUUGAUGUCCCUACAUCUUGCAUCCGUAGCAUAGACACGGUCCACAAGCCUAUCAUCCGCCAUCUUCCAAAGACCAUCUCUAUACAUGGCCUUCUUGCUGCCGAUCUAGCUUUGGAUAGAUCUUCCAAGUAUGCAGUUUGGAACGCCGUGUGCCCAACUCCCGAGGACUUCGCCGGUAUGCCAUUGGUCUGGCCACAGGAACUACGUGCUCUGCUACCUCCGACAGCGCGGGAAUUGCUGCAGAAACAAGAGGUCAAGUUCAAACGCGACUGGGCAACGGUCUUAGCAGCAUUUCCGGAGCAACUCAACGAGGAACGGUAUAAAUACGCAUGGAUGCUCGUUAACACGCGUACCUUUUACUACGUUAAUCCCAAAUUGAAAAAGAGAUCCAAAGAUGACCAUAUGUGUCUACAGCCUGUCGCGGACUUGUUCAAUCAUACCGACGAAGGGGGUUGUAAUGUGGCUUUUGAUCACGAAGGAUUCUCCAUCAAGGCUACACGCGAAUAUUCUCUGGGAGAAGAAGUCAAGAUCUGCUACGGUAGACAUAGUGGGGAUUUCUUACUCGUCGAAUACGGAUUCGUCAUGGAUGGGAACCGUUGGGAUGAGGUCUUGCUAGACGACGUGUUGCUCCCGAAGCUAAGCGACCGACAGAAGGAGAGGUUAGAGGAGGUCGGAUUCCUAGGGAAGUAUACUUUGGAUCGGGAGACCGUCUGCCACAGGACGCAGGUUGCGGCAAGGUUGCUAUGCUGCGGAGUAAGGGAGUGGAGGCGGUUCGUCGAUGGGAUCGACGACGGAGAGCGCAGUCAGAAUAACGUAGAUCAACUGGUGUUGACGCUGCUGAGGGAACAGAAACAAAUUGCUGAGAAGAGGAUCUCCGAGGUACAUUCACUGGAUGUUGGUGUGCCGCAGCACAAGGAGGUCCUAGCCAAGAGGUGGAAACAGAUUCAGGACCUGGUCGACGUGAAUAUUGCGCGCCUUGAAGACUAAGAGUGCGUCCAGAUAUCCAGGUUUAUGGAUACCUAAUCGACUUUUAGCUUAGGUAGAAUGUAAUGCCAGCGUUAAUACUCAAAGCUGGAAGGC